AUGGUGUGUUUUGUGGGGUGGUGUAUGGGUUGGUGGUGGGGUUGGUGUUGUUUUGGUUUGGUUUUUUGGUUGUGUGUGUUGGUGUUGUUGGGGGGUUUGGGUGGGGUGGGGUGGUUUGGGGGGUUUGGGUUGGUGGGGUUUGGGGUUGUUGGGUGUGGUGUUUGGGGGGGGGGGUUGGUGUGGGGGGUGUGGUUGGGGGAGUUGGGGUUUGUGAGGGGGGGUUGUGUUGGGGGUUUUGUAGGUUGGGGGGGUUUGGGGGGGGUUGGGGGGGGUGGGUUUUUGGGGGGUUGGGGGGGGGUUGUGGGUGUGUGGGGGGGGGUGUGGGUUAUGUGUGGGGGGGGGGGGUUUGGGAUUGGGUAUUUGGUUGGUGGGUUGAAAUUGUUGUGGGGUGGGGGGGGUGGUAAGUGGGGGUUGUAUUUUGAGGGUAGGUUGUUUGUUGUUUUAGUGGGUGUUGGGUGUGGGGGUGGGGGGGGGUUUGAGGGGGGUGGGAGGGGUGGUUGGUUGAAUUUUGAUUUGGGUUAUGGUGGUGUUGUGUGGGGGGGUUGGUUGUUGGUUGGUAGAGGGUGGUAUUGUAUUGAUUGGUGGUGUGGGUGGGUGGGGUUUGUGUUGGUUUUUGGGUGGUGUGGUUGGUGUGGGUGGUUUUUGGGUGGGGGGUUUGUUGUGUGUGGGGUGGUAGGGGUGGGGUGGGGUGGGUGGGGGGGGGGUGUGUGGGGUUUUUUUUUGAGGGUGGUGGUUGUGGGGGUUGUUUUGGGGGUGUUAUUAGAUUGGUUGGGGGGUUUGGGUGAUAUGUGGAAUUUGAGGGAUUAUGGGGUUGGGUUUGUGGGUGUUGUGUUUGUGGGGGUAGUGGGGGGUUUGUUUUUUUUUUGGUUUGGGUUUUUGGUUGGUGUGGGGGGGUUGGUUGUUGGGUUGAGGGUGUUUAUUAGGGUGGUUGGAUUUGGGUGGUGUUGUUUGGUGGUGGUGGGGGGGGUGGUGGGUUUGGUGGGGGUUGUGGUGGUGGUGUGUGUUUUAUUUGAUUGUUUUGGGUUGUGGGGUGUGGGUUUGUGGUUGGUUGUUGGUUUGUUGGGGGGGUGUUUUUGGGGGUGGUGGGGGGGGGGGGUUGUUGGGGUGAGUGGGUGUUGGGGGGUGGUGGUGGGUUUGUGGUUUUGGGUGAUUGGUGGGUUUUGUGGGGGUGGUUGUUGUGAGGAAGAGAAUGGGGUGGGUGGGGUGGUGUGGUGGGGGGGGGGUUAUGUUUUUUUGGGGGGGGUGGGGUGGUUGUUUUGUUUGUUGUAUUAUGGUGUAGGUUUUGGUAUGGUUGUUUGGUGUGGGUGGGUGGGUUGGUUGUAUUUUGUGGGGAGGUGUUUGGUUGGUGGUGGGGGGGGGUUGGGGGGUUGGGGGGGAGGGGUUGGGGGGGGAUUGGUGGGGGAUUUGGGGUGGGGGGUGGUGGUGUGUUUGGGUGUGUUUAGGUUUGUUUGUUUGUGGUUGUUGUGUAGGUGGGGUGGGGGGGUGGGUGGUGUGGGGGUGGGGGGGUGUUGUGGGUGUGUGGUUUUGUUUUGGUGUGGUGAGUUUGUUUUGGGGUUUUGUGUGGUGGUGAUGGUUAGGAUAUUUUUUUUGGGGUUAGGGGGUUUUAAAGGGUUUGAGGAGAUUUUUUGGGGUGGGGGUUGGGGUGGGUUGGGUGUUUGGUUGUUUGGGAUUUUAGGUUUGGGUUUGAGUGUGGGUGUGUGUUGGGGGUUGUGGGGGGGGGAGGGUGUAUGUGGUUGUUGGAGUGGUUUUGUGGUAGUGGUGUUGUGGAUGGGGGUGUAUUGUUGUUGUGGGUGGUUUGUUUUUGGGGUUGGGGGUGGGGUUGGUUGUUGGGGGUGUUUGGGGGUAUGGGUGGUAUUUUGGGUUGGGGGGUGGGUGUUUGGUGUGUUUGGGGGUUGGGGGUUUGUUGGGUUGGGGGUAGGGGUGGGUAGUGUGGUGGGGGGUUUUGUGUAUGGGGUGUUUGUGUGUGUUGGGUGGUUGGUUGGUGUUGUGUGGGUGGUGUGUGGGUUUGUUUUUGUGUGUUUUUGGAUGAUGGGGGGUUUGGUUUUUUGUUGGUGUUUGGGGUUGGGUUUGAGUGUGGGUUUUGGUGUGUGGGUGUGUUUUGGGGUGAUGAUUGUGGUUGGAGGGGUGUUUUGGUUGGAGUGGGGGGGGGUUUUGUGGGGUGGGUUUGGUGUGGGGUGGGGUGGGGGGGUGUGGGAGUUUGGGUGGGUUGGUAGGGGUGUGGGGUGUUUGUGUUGGUUGGAGUUUGUGUGGGUGUUUGAAGUAGGGGUAAUUUUGGUGUGUUUGUUGGUUUGUUUUGUGGUGGGUUUUGUUGGGGGGUGGGUUUGGUGUUGGGGUUGUGGUUGUUUGGUGUGGGUUUUGGUGUGUGGGUUUGGUGGUGGGGUUUGUGGGUGGGGUUGGUGGUGGUUUGUGGUGGGGUUUGUGUGGGGUUUGGUGUUGGUUUUUGGUGGUGAGGGGGUUUGGUGGGUGGGGUUGGUGUGUUUGUGUUGUGGGGUUUGGUGUGGGGGGUGGGUGGGGGGGGGGGGGGGGUGUGGGGUGUUGGGGUGGGGGUGGGGUGGGGUUUGUUUUGGGGUGGUUGGGGGGGGUGGGUGGGUGGUGGGGGGGUGUGGGGGUUGGGUGUGUGUUGGUGGGUGGUGGGGUGUGGUGGGGGGGGGUGUGGGGGUUGUGUGUGUGUGGGGGGGUUGUGUUGUUGUUGGGGUUGAUUUGUUUUUUGGGUUGGGGGGGGUUUGGUGUUGGGGUGGUUGGGUUGUUGGUUGGGGGGGGUGGUUUGGUUGUUGGUUGUGGUGGUGGGUGGUUGUGGGGGGGGUUGGGGUGGGGUUGUGGGGGGGGGUUUGUGGUGUGGUGGGGGGUUGUGGGGUGGGGGGUAGUUUUUGGGGGGGGGGGGGGGGUGUGUUGGGGUUUGGGGGGGGGUUUUGGGGGGGUUGGUUGGUGUGUUGGGGGGGGGGUGGUGUGGGUUGGGUGGGGGGUGGGGGGGGGGGGUGUUGGGGGGUGUGGUGUUGGGGGGGUUGUGGUUGGGGGGGUUUUGGGGGGGUGGGUUGUGGGUGGUUUGGGGUGUUGUGUGAGUUGGGUUGUGUGUGGUUUGGGUGUUGGGUUGUGUGGUGUGGGUUGGUGGGUUUUUGUUUGUGGGUGGGGUGUGUGGUGUUUGUGUUUUGUUUGUUGGGGGUGGUUUGGUGUUUGGGGUGGUGUGGUGUUGUUUUUGGUUAUGUGUUGUUAGGUGUGGGGGUGUUGGGGUGGGGAGGGGUUGUGGUGGGGUUUUUGGGUUGGGUUUGUUGGUGUGUGUUUGGGUGGGUGGGGGGGGGGGGGUGGUUGUUUUGUUUUGGAUUUGGUGGGGGGGGUGGGGGGGGGGGGGGUGUGGGGGGGGUGGGGGGGUGGUGUGGUGGGUUGGGUGGGUGUUUUGGGGUGGGUGGUUUGGUUGGUUUGUGGGGUGGGGGUUGGGGUGUGGUUUUGGGGUUGUGGUGGGGUGGGGGGGUUUUGGGGGGGUUUGUUUUGGGGUGUUGUGUGGGGGGUGUGGGUGGGGUUUGGGGUUGGGGUGGGUGUUUUGUUGUGGUUGGGGUGGGGGGGUUGGUGGGGGGGUUGGGGGGUGUGGGGGGUUUGUUGGGGGUUGGUGUGGUUGUGUGGUGUGGUGUGGGGUGGUUGAUUGAUUGGUGGUGGUGUGGGGUGGGGGUGGGGUGGUUGGAUGGUUGGGUGUGGGGUUGGGUGGUGGGGGGUGUGGUUGGUUUUGGAGUUGUGGGGGGGUUGUUUUGGUGGGUGGGUGGGGGGUUGUGGGGGGGGAUGGGGGUGGGUGGUGGUUGUGUGGUUGGUGUGGUUGUGUGUGUGGUUGGUGUUGGGUGGGGUGGGGGUUUGGUGGGGUGUUGUGUGGGGGUGGGUGGGUGGUGUGGGGGUGGUGGUUGUGGUUGGGGUGGGGGUUGUGGUUUGGUUUGGGUGGGGUUUGGGGGGUGGGGUGGGUGUUGUGGUAGUUGUGUGGUGUGUUGGGUGGUGGUGUUGUUUGUUGUGGGGAGUUUGGUGGGGGUGGGGGUGUUGGGUGUUGGGGGGGGGAUUGUUGGGUGGGGGGGGUUUGUUUUUUGGGUGUGUUUUGUGGGGGGGUGUGGUGGGGUGUUGGGGUGGGUGGUUGUUGGUGGGGUGGGGGGGGUGUGGUGUUUGUUUUGUUUGUUUUGGUUUGUUGUGUGGGGGUUUGGGUUGGUGGUGUGUAAGAGGUUGUGUGGUGGUGUGUUGGGGGGGGGGGGGGUUUUGGGGGUGGUGGGUUGUUGGUUUUGGUGUGUAGGUUUGGUUUGGGGGGGGGUGUGGUGGGGUUUGGGGUUUUUGGGGGUGGUGUUAGUUGUGGGGUUGUUGUUUGGGUUGGGUGGUGGGGUUGUGUUGGGUGGUGGGUUUGGUGGUGUGUGUGGUGGUGGGGGGUGGUGGGGGUUUUGUGGUUGUUGGGUGGGUGUGGUGGGGGGUUGUGGGUGUGGUGGGGUUUGUGUGGUUUGGGGUUGUGGGGGGGGGUUGGUGGGGGGUGUUUUUUGUGGGGUGGGGGGGGGGGGGGGGGGGGGGGUGUUGGUGGGGGGUGGGUUGUGUUGGGUUUGUGGGGGGGUUGGGUGUGGGGGGGGGGGGGGUGGGGGGUUGGGGUGUGGGGGUGGUUGGGUGGUUGUUGUGGGUGGGUGGGUGGGUGGUGGGUGGUUGGUGUGGUUUGUGUGGGGUGGGGGUUUGUUAUUUUGUUUGUGGGGGGGUUGGUGGGUGGGGGGGGUGUGUGGGGGGGGGGAGUGUGUGGGGUUUGUGGUGUGGGGUGGGGGUGUGGGGGUGGUUGGGUGUGGGGGGGGGGGGGGGGGGGGGGGGUGGGGUAGUUGGUGUGGGUGGUUGGGUGUGUGGUUGGGGGGGGGUGGGGGGGGGGUGGGGGGUUGUGUUUGUGGGGUUGGGGGGUUGUUGGGGUGGGGGGUGGGGGGUGGGUGUUUGUGGUGUUGGGGGGGGUUGGGGGGGGGGGGGGGGUGUGUGUGGGUGGGUGGGGGUGUUGUGUUUUGGGUGUUUAGUGUGUGGGUGUGGGGGGUGUGUUUGGUUGGGGUUUGGGUUUUUUUGUGUGUUGGGGGGGUUGUGUUUUUUUUUUGUUGGGUGGGGGGUUUGGUUGUGGUUUGUUUUUGUUUGGGGGGUUGGUUGGGUUUGUGGUGGGUGUUUUGGUGUGUGGGUUUGGUGGUGGGGUUUGUGGGGGGUGGUGUGUGUGGUGGGUGGGGUGUUUGUGGUUGUUUAUGUUUUGGGGUGUGGUUUUUGUGUUUUGGUGGGGGGUGUGUGUUUGUUAUUUGGGUGUGGUUGGGGGGGGUGGUGGGGGGGGGGGGUUGGGGGGGGUUGGGGGGUGGGGGGUGGGGGUGGGGGUUGGUUGGGGUGUUGUUGGGUUGUUGGGGUGUGUGGGGGGGUGAUGGGAUGUUGGGUGGGGGGGGGGUGUGGUUGGGGGGUGGUUGGGGGGGUGGUUGUGGUGUGUGGGUGGAUGGGGGGGUUGUGUUGUUUGGUUGGUGGUUGUGUUGUGGGUUAUGUUUGAGUUUGUGUGGUUGGUGUUGUUGUGGUUGGGUGUUGUUAGUGUUGGGGGGGGGGUGGGUUGGUUUGGGGGGGUGGGGGUGGUGUGGAGGGGGUUUGGUGGGGUGGGGUGUGUGUUGUGGGGGGGGGUGGGGUGGGUGGUGGGGUGGGUUUGGGGGUUUUAGGUUGUGUUGGGUUGGGUGUUUGGGGUUUGUUUGGUUUGUUGUUGGGGGUAGGGUGGGUUUUUUUUGUUUUUGGGGUGUGGAGAGUGUGAGGGUGUGUGUGUGUGGUGUGUGUGUGUUUGUUGGGUGUGUGUGUGUGGGUGUGGUAUGUGUGGUUGUGUUUGGUGUGGUUUGUUGUUGUGUGUGUGUGGUUGUGUGUGGUUUGAGGUUGUGUGUGUGUGUGUGUGGUGUUGUUGGUGUUUUGUGGAGUGUGUGGUGUGUGGGUGUGUGUUGGUGUGUGUGGGUGUGUGUGGUUGUGAGGUGUGUGUGGGUGUGUGUGUGUGUUGUGGUGUUGUUGUUGUGUGAUGGUGUGUGUGGUUGGUGUGUGUGUGUGGUUGUGUGGUUUGGUUGGGUGUUGUUGUUUGUGGUUGUGGAUGGGGAUUUGUUUGUUUUUGGGUUUGGGUUGGGGUGUUGGGGGGUUUUGGUUGGUGGGGGUUUGGGUGGGGUGGGUGUGGGUGGGGUUGGGUGGUUGGUUGGGGGGUUGGGGGGGGGGGAGGUGGAGGGGGUGGUGUGUGGGGUGGGUGGUUUGUGUGGGGUGGUGUGGUGUUGGGGGUUGUUUGGGUGGGGGGAGUGGGUGGUGGGGGGUGGGGUUUGUGGGGGGUUGGGGGGGGUUGUGGGGGGGGUGUGGGGGGUGUGUGGGUUGGUGUGUUUAGUGGUGGGGGUAGUUGGUUGGGUUGGUAUUGAUGAUUGGGGGUAUUGGUAUUUGUGGGGUUGUUGGGGUGGGGUGUGGGGGGGGUAUGGGUGGUUGGGGUGGGGUUGGUUUGGGGUGUUGAUUUGGUUUGGGUGGUGGGGAUUGAGUGUGGGGUUUUGUUGGGUUUUGUGUGAUGGUGGGUGGAUUGGUGAGGGGGAUGGAUAUUUGGGGGGGGGGGUGGGGUUGGGUUGUGUGGGUGUGGGUGGGGGGGGGUGUUGGGUUGGGUGGGGUGGGUGGGGGGGGGGGUGGUGUUGUGUUUGUUUUGGUGUGUGGGGUUUGGGGGGGUUGUGUGGUUGGGGUGUUUGUGAUGGGGUGUGGGGUUUGAUUGGUUGGAUGGUGGUUUUGUGGAGGAUGGGGGUUUUGGGUGGUUGUGGUGUUUGUGUUGGUUUGUGUGGGGGGGGUGGUUGUGUUGGGUUUAUUGGUGUUGGGGGGUUGUGUGGGGUGGUGUUUGGGGGGGGGUUUGGGUGGUGUUUGGUAGUUGGGGGUUGUGGUGUGGGGUGUUUGGGUUUUGGGUGGUGGGGUGGGUGUGUGGUGUUUUGGUUUGGGGGGUGUGUGGGUGGUUGGUUGGGUGGUGUGAUGUGGGGGGGGGGGUUUUUGGGUGGUGGGGGGGGUGUUGUUGGGUUUUUUUGUGGUAGGUUGUGUGUGUGUUGGGGUGUGUUGUGUUGUUGUUGUGGUGGGGUGGGGGGGGUUGGGGUGGGUGUGGUUGUGGUGGGGGGUGGUGUUGUGUGGGGUGUUUGUUGGUUGGUUUGUUUGUGUUUGGGUUGUGGGGUUGGGGGUGGUGGGUUGUUUUGUGUGUUGGGGUGGUGGGGGGGGGUUUGUUGUGGUGAUGUGGGGGGUGUGGGUGUGGGUGGUGUGUAUGUGGUUUGUUUGUUGGGUGAGUGUUGUUGUGUUUUGUGGUUGGUUUUGGUUUGUUUGGGGGGGGGUGUGGGGGGGAGGGUUUGGGGGGGUUGGUGUGGGUGGGGGUGGGUGUGGGGGUGUGGGGUUGGGGGGUGGGUGGGGGGGGUUGUUGGUUUUUUGGUGUUGGGGUGGGGUUGGAGGAGUUGGUUUUGGGUAAUUGGUUGGGGUUGUAGGGUGUGGGGGGUGGAUUGGGGGGGGUGGGGGGGGUUGUGGGGGUGUUGUGGGGGGUGGGGUGUUGUGUGUUGGUUUGUGGUUGUUUUUGUUGGGGGGGUUUAUUUUUUUGUUUGUGGUGGGUGGUGUUUGGUUUGGGUUGGGUUGGGUGGAUUGUUUGUGAUUUGUUGA